AUGAAUAAAUAUAAAGAUACUUUAAAAACUAAAUUUGAGUAUAAAUAUUUAUUUUACUUUGCCUCUUUUGUAUCCAUCAAUUUAGGUAUAUGCAAUGAAUAUAUUAAAAAAAAAAAGUUGGCUUAUAAAAAUGUAUCUCAUAAAAUAUAUUUCGAUUUAAGUGAAAAGAAUUUUGAAUUUUUGGAUAAAAAUAAAUACUUAUAUAGAAUUGAAAAAAUAAAUGAGUAUUUUGAUUUACCAAAAUCAAAAUUGUUAGACGCAUGUAAUAAUUAUUUCCCAGUGGAUUAUCAUUUACAAUAUGUAAGUAAUAUUUUUGAAAAAAAAAAAGAUGAAUUAAAUAAUAUAAUGGAAAAAGAAAAGAACAGUAUGUCUAUUGAUGAGUUGAUAUGUGAUAUUAUAAACUAUUUAGAAUCUGUAAUAAAUGGGAAUAUAAAUGUGGAUAACCAUAGAAUUAAUCAUAAUAAUAUAAAUAUAAAUAUAUAUAAUAAGGACCACAUCAACAUAAGCAACAACAAUAAUAAUAAUGAUGAUAUUUACUUAGAUAAUAAAUGUAGUGAUGGGGGUAGCUUCUUAAAAAAUUUAAAUCUUAGUUAUUUUAAAGAUUUUUUAGUAGAGAGGAAAAAAAUAAACCUAGAUGAAUCAUUCAAUGAUAAUUCUUUAAAUGUUUUAUUUGAUGAACUUUAUACAUAUACUUAUAUAUACUUAUUAAUUAAUUAUAAAAGGAAUAAUUUUUUUGAUUUUAUAAAAAUGAAAAGAUCAUAUAGACAUUGUAGCGAACAUGUGGGGAAAGAUAUUGGCCUAGAAGUUCAUAAUUAUAUAGGAUUAGGAAUAAAAGAUAAUAAAUUAACAAUAUUAAAAGAAGAACAAGAAGAAGAAGAAAAAAAAAAAAAUAAUAAAAUAAAAAAAAAUAAAAAAUAUAAUAAUGAUAACAUUAAUAUUAAGAAUAGUAGUAGUGAUACUAAUAUUGAUAGCCCUAGCAAUAAUAAUAAUAAUAAUAAUAAUAAUAAUAAUAAUCAUGGUAAGCAAAUAUUGGAUAAUACAAAAUAUGUUUUAAAUAUAGAUACGAUAAAGGAGAUACAUAGAAGCUUAUCUACAUAUGGAAUAGUUGUUUUAAAAAAUGUGUUACCAAAAGAAAAUAUAAAGAGAUUAAAGAAAGAAUUGUUUGUAGAAGAAAAAGAUAUAAACAUAUCAUCAUUUUUAAUGAAUAAAGAUCAAAAUAUAUUUUGUAUACGUCCUAGUAGAGGUAGACAAUAUUGUAUCUUAAGAAAUAGUACGGUAAGUGAUUUGUUUAUAAAUUUACAACAAUAUUGGAUGAAUAUUGUAUAUUCUUAUUUAUCCUUUGGAACAUAUGAAAAUAUAUUUAAGCACUUUGAUAGAAAGACAAUUUUUAAUUUAAAUAAUAUUAAUAAUUUGGAUAUAAAAAAUGAAAAAAACGAUAAAAUUUAUUUAUCUGAAUUACAAUUAUUAAAUAAUGAACCUUUAAGUGAUAAACAAACUUAUCAUGUUGAUAAUGGAUAUAAUGGAAUAUCGAUUAUUGUCCCACUUAAUAAAAUAAAUGAAGAAUCAGGAAAUUUCGAAUUUUUUACAGGAACACAUUUAUUUUCCUCAUUACAAAAUAAAAGUUUAAAACAUAAAAUUAAAACGUUUAAACAAUUUUUAAAGGUUUAUUAUAUAACAAAAGGAUCUUCUUUUAUACCUGAUGUAAAAGAACAAGAUUUAAUUAUAUAUGAUUCUAGAAUCUUACAUAGAGGUCUAUCAAAUAAUUUAUGGAUGAAAAAUUCGUCUUUAAUUUAUCGUUAUGAUUAUAAAAAAUAUCCUCCACCGGGACAAAAUUUUAUUGAUAUCUUUUCAUACAACAUAAUUGGAAAGUGCAUAUCAUUUUUUAACUUUUUAGAAAAAUAUAUAUAA